AACAAUAAUUAUCGCAAAAACAUUACCAACUUAUUGUGUAAAAAAUAAUAGUAAUUACAAUUUUAGAGAAGAUACGACAGUGAAAUAAUAUACAUUUUUUACAUACCAUAAAUAUUGGAAAAUCAGAAAAAUAAAUGGAAAAUUGAAAUAGUAAACUCUGAAAUAGAAAAAAAUUAUUUAUAUUUGACAAGUAGCUCGCUGGAGAAUUUUGUGAUGUGGGCUGAAGUGGGGACAGUUGAAAUAGUUGCAAAAUAUUAAAUCGAAUAAUACAAUUUUAUUGUGUGUGAGAUCAGUUCUAAAAAAAAUUGGUUUUAUUUCUAAGUAAACAUUUAAAUUUUAAUUAGUCUGUUUUCAAUAUGCCUACAUUUGAGGAUCAAUUACAAAUAAUUCAUCAAGAAAUUUCCAUUAAUGAUGAAGAUCGGCAGCCAUACACCGAAAUGUAUAACACAAUUAGAGAUUGGCUCAUGAAGGAAAUGUGCGAAGCUGAUCUGGUUUUUAAAGAAAUGUACAAGGGGACUUCAUUGUUUGGUAGCUAUCCAAAUCGCGUACGCAUUAUUAAGCCAAGCGAAUUUGAUGUUUUUAUUUUAUUGGACCUACCAUUUGAAUUCAAAGUCAAAACACAUCCCGAUAGGCCUGGAUUUGUACAAAUAAGAAGCGAUGAAUGGAAAUAUUACGCAACAAAUUCAAAAACUAAAAAAAAAUAUAGAGCACUGUUUCGACAAUAUAUAAUAAGGGGUUUAAAUCGCAACAAACUCAAGCGAUGGAUAGAAAGUAUAAUCGAAUAUGUACUGUCAUGCAGACCCCCACCAAAUGGCUACACUAUCAAAUAUACCUGUUGUAGUGUGGCACACCAAAUCUAUGUCCGAGAAGAACGAGCGCCCUAUAAAACAAUUUCGAUUGAUUUUGUACCAGCCAUACGUAUGCCAAAAGAAUACAUGAAGCCAUUAGUAAGAAAAAGGGCAUGUCUAAAAGAUGAAUACUAUGAAACUUUUGUAGCUAUACCAAAGCCUUUGGUUGGUUGUGGUUCCAGACAUUCCAGAAAACUUACAUUUCAACUGGUUAAUCCUGUGGCCGAACGUGACAUAAUAUGGGAUAAACAGAACUUAAAAGUUGUAUAUCGUCUAUUGAAAUCCUUGCGUAAUCAAUAUAAGUUGCGUCGUUUAAAAAGCUAUUUCCUGACAGCAGUCUUCUUGCGACAAGUUACCAAGUGCAAUGAUACGUUUUGGCAACAAUCUGUCAGUUAUAUAUUUCUUUAUAUGUUAGACAAAUUGAUUGUUUAUUUUCAACAAGGCAAUUUGCCAUACUAUUGGGUAUCGGAUUUUAAUUUACUAAGCAUUUUGAAACCUGAAGAAAUUGACGAUUAUACCGAUAUCUUAAUAGAUGCCUAUAAUGAUCUUACUAUAUUGGAGAAUCAAAAUUCGGUAUCGUUUGAUGAAGUGGCUGAACAUUUCAUGAUAACUUGAAAAGAUUUGGAAUAAUUAAGAAUAUAAACAGGAAGUUGUUUGUCUUUAUUUUUUAUUUAUUUUAAAUAAUUUUCUUAAUAUUUAAUUAUAUAUUUACAUAAUAUGUUUGUAUGUUCGUACCUUAUGCAUUAAAAUGAAUUUCUUUUAAAAUAAAAUUGACCUUAUUUUAUGUUUUAACAAAAA